CCUAGGUAUUUAUUGGGGGUCUUUAUACAACAGAGCUUCAUAUUAUCACAAGAUUAACUAUCUGGUUGUUAUUGGAGAAACAAAUAGUAGUUCAAUUCCACCCCUAUUCUCUGCAACUUUGACAAAUAUCCUGGAAUCAGCACAAAUGAAACAAUAUGGUACAUGGAAUAUCAAAAAUCAAACAGAUUUCUUGAGUUUAGCAACAUCCCAUAAUAAUACUAUUAGAGAAGAAGUUAUACGUCAAGUUCAUCAUCAAAAGUAUUGGGGUGGGAUUUAUGUGCCUCAAGAUAUCACUUCAAAUUAUUAUCAAGCUUUGAAAACAGGUGAUAAUUUCACAGAUUCUAUUGAAUUUAUCUAUGAGUCUGGUAGAAAUCCUCAAGGUGUUCCAAGUUAUGUCCUGAAUAUUAUUCAAUCUUUGGAGAAACAAUUUGUUUCAAUUGGUUCAAAUUCAAUCAUUAAUAAUUUAAUUUCAGAGUUAUCUAAUGAUGAAGUAUCAAACCUUUUAACUUCCAAUCCACAACUGUUAAGUUCAUUAUGGUGGAGCUACUUUGAUAAUAGACCAGUUUUCGGCUCAAUUGUUCUUGGUGUGGUUCAAAUUGGGUUACUAUAUUUAUUAGUGUUAUCAUUUCAUCAGUUCAAUUUCGCAGCUUCAACUCAUCAACUCAUUGCCAAAAAAUUACACACACGUCAAUAUUUACUAUAUCAUAUGGUUGCAUCUCAAUCAGCAUAUCUUGUCAUGUCAUUAGUUUAUUCAUUAAUGACGUUAGCUUUCCAAGUCCCAGUCAAUGCUACAUUUGGUAGAUCUGGGUUUUUAGUUGAAUGGGCGUUUGUGUUUUUAACAAUGAGUGCAUUGGGCAGUAUCAAUGAAAACGCAGCCAUUCAAAUCUUUGCAAGGUAUAGACCUGCUAUUGGGUUUUGGAUUGUUUUCUAUAUGGUUACAAAUGUUUCAGUUAUUUUCAGUCCUUUAGUUGUUAUGAAUAAUUUCUUUAGAUAUGGUUAUGCUAUGCCAAUGUAUCAAGGGAAUGAGCUGUUGAAAGUUGUGUUUUUGAACACUUAUAAAGGUCAUAUGGGUAGAAAUAUUGGGAUUUUGAUUGCUUGGAUUGUUGUAAUGAACAUUAUACUGCCUUUUAAUUUAAGAAAUGUGAAGAAGUAUGUUCGUAAUGUGGAGGCAAAGGCAAAAGCCGCUUUAGAGAAGAGUAAAGAAGAGAAGUAAUUGAAUUAGAUUAAUUGUUUUUGAAAUAUUACUGUGGUCUACCAAUGUCAGUAUUU